CGUGUGUCACGUGAUCGUUAAAUAGAAAAAGAAAAAUGGCACUGCAUCACAGACGAGGCGGCCGUGGUCACAACACUGGUCACCGUGGAGGAGGCUUUCAUGGCCAUCAACAUGGUGGUAGAUCGACACGAUGGAGUGAUAAAGAAGAUAAGAUCAGUAGAUGGGGUGAUAAAGAUGACAGGAGUAGUCUGGAGGCAGCCACUGAAGCAGCUGCUAAAGUUAAUGCUAUGUUGAUAGCUAAAGGUGCUCUCAAGCCUUCACAGUUGUCUCAGCAACAACCAAACAAGCAAAAGGCAACUAGUACUACAACAGGCAACAUGGCAGUAGCAGAGGUAGAAAUAAAUGAUGUACCUAUUGGCUGUAGAAACAUGUUGACAAGAGGAUCAACACAAGAAGAGAUAUCUAAAGUCAGUGGCGCAGGAGUUUCCACAAGAGGUAGAUAUCUUAGUCCACAGGAGAGAGGAGCUGGAGACAGACCCCUGUAUUUGUGUGUACAAGGUCCAACAAAAGAAUCUGUAGACAUUGCUGUAAACAGAAUUAAUGAAAUAAUCACAAACUAUAAGAACAAAGGGACAAGAUUUUCUCCUGCUAAUCCUCCUCAGCAGCGACCCCAGAUAUUAGGACCUAAUCCAGUAGAACUUAUGCCAAGACUUGGUCCACCUCCAGGGUUUAUUACACAGCCUCCAGUUUUACCUCAACAACAGACUAUAACAAUACUUCAAGAAAAACUCUUCAUUGGUUUGGAACAUGCUCCACCUCAUUUUGGAGUGAAAGAAAAGAUACAUGGACCUGAGGGAUCAUAUCUACAGCAUGUAGAAGUUGAGACUGGUGCAAAAGUAACAUUAAGAGGAAAGGGAUCAGGAUUUCUGGAUAUGAACUCUCCUGGCAGAGAUUCCAUUGAACCCAUGCAUGUUUUCUUGGAGCAUCCUAGCCCCAUUGGACUUGGACAAGCCAAACAACUUGCUGAAAACCUUAUUCAAACAGUUCAGCAAGAUUAUGCCCAAUUUCAGCAAGCAUUGGCAGCUAUACCAGCUGGACACACAACAAUUAUAACUGGUCUGUCACAGCAGACAGCAAGCAUACCUGGUACAUUGAUCAACACAAUACCAACUAUGGCUCCUCCACCAAUCCCACAGCAGUUACCUAGUCCAGGUGUGUUUAUGGGUGAAAGAAGAUGUGGAACAACCAGAUUUAUGAUACCAACUUCAAUUUCUUCAGCUGUUUACUCUCUACCAACAUCAAUGGGUAUGACCCUUCCUUCAGUCCUAACAGCUCAGCCUCCUCCUCUACUGGUACAGACACAAAAUGGUCCGCCACCACAGAUGCUGGGCCCUCCACAUAUGGCACCAGAUGUCACCCAGCUGGUUACUACCAUGCCACCUGAAGUACAAGUUGUAACCCAGUCUACACUAAUACCUACUGGCUCACCUUGGAAUACUUCACCAAGUAGUUUAUCAGGACAGAUUCUAGGCAGUGGUGGACCUCCGCCAAUAUCAACACACACACCAUUGUCUUCUUCACCAGUUGUUACAACUACAUACACUUAUCACACAUCAUCCAGGGAGGAACCAAAACGUAGGUUCACUGAGGAAAAGUUAGAGGAAAAAGUUCCAGAAAAUCUCUUAGGUUAUGAGCAUGGUCCCCCACAUUUAGCCAACCUAGUUGUACAGGGUCCACCUCAGGAGGCACAAUCUCAGGUUUCUCAACAUAUGCCAUACCAACCACAAGUUUCAGAGAUGUACAGUGUGGCACAAUCUACACCACAGCUAGUGUAUACAACAUCAGCACCACUAUCUUCGCCUGAUGACAGAAGUUCACAGUUCACUAACUUUACAAUGACACAGCCAGGAGGGUAUCCUGGUGAUAGUUCUGAUAAACAGCUGAUGCCGCCACCACCCAUACCAGCAUCAUUGAAAAGAUCCUCUCUUGAAAGACAAGGGGGAAGUGAAAGAAAGAAGGACAGAAUGUCUCCAAUUGGUAGGUUCGCCAUAGGAUUUAGAGAGGAAGAAGAUAAACAAGCAUCAAGAGGGAAGUACCAGUACAACCAGUAUUCUAAUGCACCACAGCUAUAUACACAAGGAGAAUCUGACGGUUUUACAGACCAGAGACCAGACAAUGACCCAGGCUACCAGUUUCAACCCCCACAGCAAAUCACAGAACAGUUCCAAUAUCAACCAAGCCAACCACCAGGAUCUGUCAUGUUGCAACCACCUCCCUCUCCAGGACCUCCAUUAGUCCACAUAUCUUCUCUCCCAUCACAUUAUUACCAACAACAGCCGAUGUACUCUGUAUCCCCUUCACAGAGUCCACCACACACAUACACUCAGCAUGAUGUCUUAACCUCAACUGGACAGCCAUUUGCUGUACCACACACAAUCACAAUUGCAGGUCCAUUGCCUCCACAAGCCCAAGAACAAAUGUUACAGCCACCCCCUGAAACACGACUACAACCAGAAGAAAUACCACCACAGAUGGAACAGUUACAACAGCCACCACCAAGUUACACAAACAUGCCUCCACCAAUAUCAAGUGGUCAGUACAUGACUACACAAUCUAUGCCACUUAUGGCACCACCAACACAGCCAUCAGUGUCAUAUGCUCCACAGCAGGUGCAGCCACCCAUGUCUGCACCACAGCAACACAGCUAUCCUCCUCCUGGUAUGCCUUAUUAUAUUACCAGCUGAAUAAUUAGACCCAAUGCUAUUUUAAAGAAUAAUUUAGCCAUAAUAUCUGAGUGAGAAACUAUGAUUUCUAAAGGAUUCAGCCAAGGCACUAACUAAAUGUGCACACAUAAUAUGUCAGCUUCAUCAUGAAGUAUUAUGGGAUAGUAUAUGCACUUCUUAUGUGUGAAAAAAAUCACCGAAACAGUUGUGUUAAUAAGUUGAGGCCGACUUUGAAAUUAUGUAAAAAAAAAAGUGAUGAAUGAUAUGAAGACUGCUAUGUGAAUGUUUGAUGCGGUAUUAAGUGCUUUGUGGGUUAAUAUUUUGAAUGAGUAUGAAUAUGAUAAUACAUGACGUUGAUAUUUGUUUGUUAAUUAUAAAUGUUUGUGUGCUUACAGAAUAGGACAAUGGUUAUAAAUGGCAGUAAAUACAUGUCUGCUUACAGAAUAAGAUGUAUUUGAAUUGUUAAGUUCUAAAUGAAGUAGAAUGAUUGUAUUUGUGAACAUUUGCUGUUAGAUUUUAGUUUUUAUGAAUUGUGCUUUGAAUGUUAUGAAAGAAAAAUAAAAUAUUAACAGUU